AUGUCAUUAUCAGCUGCAGCUAGGGAUUACUCAGAUGCUGAUUUCCAGAAUAUAGGUCCAGCUCCAAAACCGCCAAUGGGAUUUAACCAGACUCAGCCGAUAUCGAAUGAUUUUAAUAAACUUGAUUUGAAUAGGAAUUUGAAGCAGAGAUCGUUAGUGUCUACAACUCAGAAACGUAAAUCCGGGUGGAUCUCAUAUAAAGAUGAUGGGAUUCUUUCGUUCAUAUGGCAGAAACGUUAUAUGGUACUGUCAGAUGCGUAUUUGUCACUAUACAAGACAGAACAAACUAUAAGAGAAACGCCUGUGAUGCAGAUCCCGUUAACGAGUAUUGUCAGUGUUUCUAGAAAUCAAUUGAAACAGAAUUGUUUUGAGAUCAUUAGAUCAUCUUCUGCAAACGGAUCGAUGCCGAUGUCAGCCAGUCAGGAUGGGAGUAAGAAGUCUAUUUAUAUCUCUACCAAGACCGAACUUGAACUACAUACUUGGCUCGAUGCAAUUUUCGCUAGAUGCCCAUUGCUUAGCGGUGUGUCUUCUCCAACCAAUUUCACACAUAGGGUUCAUGUUGGGUUCGACCCGGAGACUGGAUCCUUCGUCGGUAUGCCAUCAAAUUGGGAGAAAUUAUUGAAGCAUUCUAGAAUUACAGGUGAAGACUGGAAUAAUAAUUCGGCUGCUGUUAUUCAAGUACUACAAUUCUACCAAGAGUAUAACGGCGUAAAUCAAUCAAGUGCCUCGCUGCCACCUUCUGCAUCCUCUGCGACUCCGUCUCCCUCGACGAAUACUCUACCAACAAUCGCGAAGAAUAAUUUCCAUGCAACUUUGCAGUCGAAUGGUAGUGGUGGUAGCAGUUCUGGUUCUUCCACUUCAAGUUUCAAUCAUAAUAACUUCAACAACAGCAGCACAAAUGUUGAUGCUGCGAGGUCAGAUCAUGGUAAGAAUGAAUUAAUUCCUCAAAGGAAACCACCUUCCCCACCAUCUUCUUCUUCCAGCAACGUACAUCCCAACGUUGAGAUCUCAAAGGCUUCUCCAAAUAAUCAUGGCCCUAAAGUAGCUCAGCAGUACGUGCCCUCACCUCAACAUACUCAACGGAAGCCAUUGGCAUCUUUGCACAAUAUGGCGAAUCCAUACUCAAGGACAAAGGCUGGCCCCACUGUUCGUCAACAAGUAUCAACUCAACCGUACUCAUACCAACAACAGCAACCAAAACAAAACUACCAGCAAUCUUUGCAACAGCAACAGCAGCAAGCUAACAGACAACAAACACCAGCAAAAUACCCGACUGAUGGCCCAAAUGUUUCUCCAAGAGAUCAGAAUCAUAAACCACCUUCUCCCCAGAACCACAAUCAAUAUCAGCACAAUUUAAAGCAACCACAGCAACAGCAACAGAAACAACUUAUACAACAACAUACAGUGGCUAUUCCACCUAGGAUGCAUCCUCAGCGUAUUGCCAGUGACAGAAGUCAAAAUCAACCCAAACCUGGUAUGCAACCAUUGAUCCAAGUGACUACUUCACAAAAUAAACAACCAUCUCCAAGUCAAUCUGCUGCACAGAUGGCAAUGAGGCAACACAAUCAACACCCUGCAGGUAUGCCUAAGGUUGCAAAUGCCAAGUUACAACCUGCAAGGGAGGCACCAAGAGUUGGCGAUAGCAAUCAACAGAAAACAACAGAGGUAUCGAAGAAAAAGCCAAGUAAGCCUGCCAUGUCUAAUGCUGAAAUUAUGACUAAUCUAAAAAAUGUUACCUUCAAUAUGGAUCCAACCCCAUUUUUCAGAAUGGUCGAAAAGGCUGGUCAAGGUGCAAGUGGAUCUGUUUAUCUAGCUGAACGUUUGCAACUGCCACCGUAUAAAGAUGAGUUGGAGGCAGAAAAGAAUCAACUUGGCAACAAAGUUGCCAUAAAACAAAUGAUUCUAUCGAAGCAACCAAGAAAGGAGUUGAUUGUCAAUGAAAUUCUUGUCAUGAAAGACUCAAAACACAAUAACAUUGUCAAUUUCUUAGAGGCAUAUCUAAAGACUGAAGAUGAUUUGUGGGUGGUUAUGGAAUACAUGGAAGGAGGUUCCCUGACAGACAUAAUAGAAAACAGCCCAACUGGCAGCAGUGGUCAAUCACCUUUGACCGAGCCACAAAUUGCAUAUAUUGUCCGCGAAACUUGCCAAGGGUUGAAAUUUUUGCAUGACAAGCACAUCAUUCACAGAGAUAUCAAAUCCGAUAACGUUUUACUUGAUACCAGAGGACGGGUUAAGAUCACUGACUUUGGGUUCUGUGCUAAGUUGACCGAUAAGAGAAGUAAAAGAGCUACUAUGGUAGGAACUCCUUACUGGAUGGCCCCUGAAGUUGUCAAGCAAAGAGAGUAUGAUGAAAAGGUUGACGUUUGGUCCUUAGGUAUUAUGACAAUUGAAAUGCUUGAAAGUGAACCACCAUAUUUGAAUGAGGAACCAUUGAAAGCCUUAUAUUUGAUUGCAACAAAUGGUACACCUAAGCUAAAACAUCCAGAAUAUCUAUCUCUUGAAAUAAAGCGUUUCUUAAGCGUUUGCUUAUGCGUUGAUGUAAAAUACAGAGCAUCUACCGAAGAACUCUUGCAUCAUUCCUUCUUUAACAUGAGCUGUGAAUCACAAGACCUAAUAUCUCUUCUAGAGUGGAAGAACUAA